AUGCUAUGCUCCUUUGCCAGGGGUUCUCUCCAAGUCGGCCCUCGAAUCAAGUCCACCACCUCUUCAAGAUCAUCCAGACCACCACAACGCCACCAGACCCAACCCCCCGAGGGCCUCGUCCAAAGCCUCUGCUCGUCCAUGGCGAUGCUGGCCGGCUCUGCCAAAACAGCCGCUGCGGCCCUGCUCGCGACCCUGCUGGUACCAGGGGCGCGGGCUCAGCAGCCUCCCGUCCCGGCCAGUGGCGGCGCGCCCGGCGAGGGAGAUGACAACGACGAUACCGACGGCCUCGAUCCACCCAGUUCUCCCUCGAAUGGGCCUACGACGCACAUCAUCGCCGAAGACCCCUCGCUGCAGGACAGCGACCCCGCACAGCCUCCCUCGCCCGCGUCGCCGGCCGACGUCGAGCUGGGACACAUCGACGGAGCAAAGUCGUGCGAGCCCCUCAGAAUCAGCUGGCAGUACACGGCGCCCAACGACGGCCACCGCGUCUCUCUGCGCGUCUCGUCGGCGUCCGCGCUGUCCAAGCGUUCCAUCCACCGCCUCGAGAAGCGCAGGCCAAGCCAGGUCGGCGGCGUGCCGGUUUCACGCCGCGACAUCAACAACACCAUCUCGCCUCCGGAAGGCGUCGUCUUGUCGGAUGGAAGCUUUCUCUGGCAGCAAGUCUCUCUACCCGCGGGCAGCUACCAGAUCAGCCUCGACGCGCCGGCCCAGGACGGCGAUGACCCCAUACAUGCCGUCUCUGACCCCUUCAAGGUCGAUCCGGGUACGUCGACGAGUUGUCUUCCCCUUGCCUCUGGCAGCUCACCCUCAGCCAGCUCGGCCCCGAGCGGCCAACCCAAGCCUCCCAUCAACCGGAACGCCACCUCUGAUCCCUCCUCGCACAAUGUCGACGCGGCUAACGGUGGAGACGGUGGAGGCACGUCCUCCGGAACCAUUGCCGCUGCGGUCGUCGUGCCCGUCCUCUUCCUCGUGGGCGUCCUGCUCGUCCUGCGCUUCAUCCAGCGACGCAGGCGACGCCAGACGAUGAUGGGCGCAGCAGCGCGGCCCGCCGCGCCUCGGAAUCCAUUCGCUGGCGACACAGAGCUCAAGCACUCGGCCCCGCAGACGCGUGCAUCGUCACUCGACUCGUUCACCACCGCAGGCGAGCACGACCGCCCCCGCGACUCUCAGCAAGCCUUUGGCCUCUCGCACAAGGUUGACCAGCAGACCGAGGCUACGACGACGGUCGAGUUCCUGGCGUCUUCGAACUUCAGCGCCGACAGCCCCUCUCCCGAGACGGCCGACGGUGGCAAUCUGUCGCGCUCGGCCUCCAACGCCAGCACCUUUAGCAUCAAGAGGAAGCCGGUGCCACCCCUGGCGCUCCAGCGGUCCGCUACCGUGCAGCACAAGAGCCGCAAUGCGGGCCUCGCGAAUCGACCAGCUCAACGGCUGUCUGAGCCGUCGAUGGUCGAAAGGCCGGGCUUUCACUCGACGGUACUACGCCUAAACGACGGCGGCAUCAAAGACGCCAACCACAGCAACCGGGACUCGGCGCUUCCGUCGUCGACCUUUGACCAUGUGCCGCCUCAGUUCCGGUCUUCAGAGGCGCUACCGUUGGAUAUCCCGUCCGCGCUGGGGGUUACGGCUCCCGAGCACCGUGCCUCGGCGGCGACGAUCCAGGUGACGUGGCAUCCCGGCCAGCCUACUUGUGCACACAGCAGGGACGACACUGGCCCCGUCAGUGCUGCGCCGACAGUCUCGAGCUUCAGCGGCGACCGGAGUGGCUGUCGAGACUCGACGAGAACCGAGGAUGGGACGAUAGCAGAAGAAGCGUCUCAGACUGCCGCAUCGAGUCGCCACCUCAGCGUCCACGCCUCGCUGGCGUCGCCCGGUCGCCGCGGAACGUCGGACACGGCCCACUCGAGCCGCACCCUGAGCAUGAGCGAGUCGCUGUACGCGCCCUGCGAGGUGCUGGUGGCCACCCGCGUCAAUGCGGUCCCCGUGGGCACCGAGCCGGUCAGCCUCUCGUCUCUGUCGUCGUUGACCGGUCAGCCUGCCCGUGGGUCGGAGCAUGGCGAGCAGGGCGAAGACGACGGCUCCUCGUCGGACACUGUUGAUGUCGCGAGGGGAGCCCACGACGACCAGGCCGAGCAGCGCCCGUAG